AUGGAGGUCUACGAGCACCAAACCACGUCAUCGAUUCUGCAAACAGCCCUGAAGUCUACCCUCCCAUGUAGCAUCAGUCUAGUCUACCGCAUACAGCACACCAACCAGUCAGAGCAUGCACACAUAUUAUCCACAAUUUCCCCAUUAGCACGCUCAAUUCCACAAUGCUGGGCAGCAGCAUACAUCGACCGUUCCACACGGCCCGGAACCGAACUCUGGCUCUUCGCGCCUGGCGAAUCCCCCAACCACUCAAACACAGCGGCCCCAGAAUUCUGCUCCCAAUGUCGGCUUGCCGUGCUAUCACUACUAGACUACAUGUCCAAUCUUCCCCUCCCACCUCUACAUCCGGACGAACACGCCAGCCUCGAACUGGCAAAACAGCACGAGAGAGAUCAUCCUGAGUCUGGACCAGGCGUCGUCUACGAGCUAGGCCCAGGCACAUACAUGCGACACCUUCUCUGGCCCGGCGUUGUAACACUAGGAGCAUGUCACCACGCGAUCGUGCAGAUAUGCCGCGAAGCCGGCAUUCUGCGGUCGGAGUUUCCAGGCGUGAAUGCUGUGGUGAACAAGUUUCUGUUCAGGAUCGAAGAUUUACCAGCUGUCAAAGAGUUGCCAAAGGAGUUGAGGUGGGGUGAGAUGAGAGAGCAAGACCUGCCAGUUGUGCAGGCGCGGACAAGUAUUCCGCGCGCGACACGCACACUGAUGAGCCUAGAGAGUAGGGGUGUGUUUGAGAAAGUCACAGACAAGGCUGUAGCAUGGACGUUUCUGGGGCUCGAUGGAAGUCUGACGACGUUGCAUACAGAACCGGAGUGGCGAGGCAAAGGAAUCGCAAAGGCUGUCGCGGCGAGCAUUAUUAGGGAAUGUGCACCAGGUUUGGCCGUGGAUGAUAUGGGCAGUGCGUGGUCUCAUGCAGAUGUGUAUGUGGGGAAUACGCAGAGUGAGAGCGUGUGUAUAAGUUUGGGCGGCAAGGCGAUGUGGGAGCAUUAUUGGGUGAGGAUCGAUCUCUCUAAGGCGGGCGCACUGGCAAAGGAAACAUCACAAUGA